AUGGAUGAUAAAACUAGAUUAGUGUGUGAGGUAGGUAGCGGCGGUGUGGCCGGUUACUCGGAGACAAACGUUGAUCGGCGCGAACGACUUCGUAAACUUGCGUUAGAAACCAUUGACCUAAACAAGGAUCCGUAUUUUAUGAAAAAUCACCUCGGAUCUUAUGAAUGCAAACUUUGCCUGACUUUGCACACCAACGAAGGUAGUUAUCUCGCUCACACUCAGGGUAAGAAACACCAGACAAACCUUGCCCGUCGUGCUGCUCGGGAAGCCAAGGAGAACAACAAUAUCCAGCCAGCAUUACAGGCACAAGCCAAGAUUCAAUACCCAGAGAUCGGUCUGGACGUUAUACCUCGCCACCGAUUUAUGUCAGCUUACGAGCAAAAAAUUGAACCUCCUAACAAGGCACAUCAGUAUUUGCUCUUCGCAGCAGAACCAUAUGAGACGAUCUCUUUCAAAGUGCAAAGCAAAGAAAUUGAUAAAGGAGAAGGAAAAUUUUUCACGCACUGGGACCCUGAUUCCAAGCAAUUUUCAUUACAAUUCUUUUUCAAAAAUGAUAGACCUGGAAUGUACUCGGAAGGAAUUCCACCCGGCAUGGAAAGAGCUCCUAUUGCCAAUCCUUUAAAUCCUUAUAAUGCACCAGCCAUGAGAGGACCAACAUAUGUGCAUGGUUAA